UAUUUCAUGGGGAUGUGUUCAAGGCAAGAGAGGAUUCAGAAGGAUAUUGACGUUGUGAUCCAAAAGUGCAAGGCGGAGAAGGACUGCCUGUUUGCAGAUUUCAGGUACUCGGACUCCACCUUUACCUUCACCUAUAUUGGAGGCUCCAAAAGUGUAUCCUAUUCAGUGCAUGUCUCUGAGGAUUACCCAGAUAACACUUAUGUUUCCAGUUCUGAUAACGAUGAAGAUGUGUUAGUUACAACAGAGCCAAUUCCAGUAAUUUUCCACCAAAUAGCUACAGAAUUAAGAAAAACCAGUGAUGUCAACUAUUGCUUAUCCAUAAAAUCAAAAUUACAGAGGGAGAAUGGAGAGGAGUCACGGCACAACAGCACAGUUGAAGAAGACUCUGAAGGAGAUAAUGAUUCUGAGGAAUUUUAUUAUGGAGGACAGGUUAGCUAUGAUGGAGAACUUCACAAGCACCCUCAGCUGGAGGCUGAUUUGACAGCAGUGAGAGAGAUCUAUGGACCUAAUGCAGUAUCUCUCAGGGAAUAUGGAGCCAUUGAUGAUGUAGAUAUUGAUCUGCAUAUUGAUGUUAGCUUUCUUGAUGAAGAGAUUGCUGUGGCUUGGGAUGUAAUUCGCACAGAGCCUAUAAUAGUGCGAUUGCACUGUUCACUUACACAGUACUUAAACGGUCCAGUGCCAACGGUGGAUGUAUUUCAGAUCUCUACUAAGGAAAGAUUUGGGCUGGGACAUCAGCUGAAAAAAAUCAUGCAGACAUUUGUUACACAACAGUGGAAGAACAGCAAAGAGAAAUCUAACUGUGCGCACAAUAAGAAGGUGUCUGACAAAAAGGUGAAAUCCCCUCUGCACAUCUUUUCUACAUUGCGCAGGUCGCCAAGUUAUCCUCCACCUGGCUGUGGUAAAAAUAAAUCAAAACUGAAGUCAGAACAGGAUGGCAUCUCCAAAACUCACAAGCUACUGAGAAGGACUUGCUCUAGCACAGUGAAGGCAGAGGAUAUGUGUGCCACAAAAUCUCACAGAACCUUUGGCCGCUCAUUGUCGAGUGACCCUAGGGCUGAACAGACAAUGGCUAUUAAAUCGCACAAACUGUUAAACCGUUCUUGCUCUGCAGCUGUCAAGCAGGAGGAGUGCAUCACUUUAAAGCCCCAUAAGCUGUUAAGUAGGUCAUGUUCUGGGGACCCUCGAUGUGAGCACAACAGCACCUUGAAGCCCCACAAACUUUUAAGCAGGUCCUACUCCAGUAAUCUUAGAAUGGAAGAACUGGAUGGAUUGAAGAAUCACAAGUUACUCAGCAAGACUUACUCCAAUGCCCCUAAAUCAUCCAAAAUGGAGCCUUUCAAGGAGUCCACCACAGCAGAGAGCAGGAGGCUCUCUCUUACCUCAGGGCUUAUUGGUAUCUUAACACCAUCUUCAUCAUCACCUUCACAAGCUGCUCAAAAUUAUGGUGCAAAAUGCAUUCCGGUACGAGACCGUGGCUUUCUUGUGCAGACUAUUGAAUUUGCUGAGCAGCGGAUACCAGUAUUGAACGAAUACUGUGUAGUUUGUGACGAACCCCAUGUAUUCCAGAAUGGCCCUAUGCUGAGGCCCACUGUUUGUGAACGGGAGCUCUGUGUAUUCGCUUUCCAAACAUUAGGAGUGAUGAACGAAGCUGCUGAUGAAAUUGCAACUGGGGCUCAGGUGGUUGAUCUGUUGGUAUCCAUGUGUCGAUCUGCGUUAGAGUCACCUAGAAAAGUUGUCAUUUUUGAGCCAUAUCCUUCUGUAGUUGAUCCUAAUGAUCCUCAGAUGCUGGCCUUUAACCCCAGGAAGAAGAAUUAUGACCGAGUCAUGAAAGCAUUGGACAGUAUCACUUCUAUUAGAGAGAUGACACAGGCACCUUACUUGGAAAUAAAGAAGCAGAUGGAUAAACAAGACCCACUUGCACAUCCUCUUCUACAAUGGGUUAUUUCUAGUAAUAGAUCACAUAUUGUGAAGCUACCGGUGAAUAGGCAACUAAAGUUUAUGCACACUCCCCACCAGUUCCUACUUCUCAGCAGUCCACCAGCCAAAGAAUCCAAUUUCCGAGCUGCUAAAGAUCUCUACGGAAGUACCUUUGCAUUUCAUGGUUCACACAUUGAAAAUUGGCAUUCCAUCCUGAGGAAUGGCUUAGUUGUUGCUUCCAAUACGAGGCUGCAGCUCCAUGGUGCAAUGUUUGGAAGUGGAAUCUACCUUAGUCCAUUGUCAAGCAUAUCAUUUGGUUACUCAGGGAUGAACAAGAAGCAGCAGAAGGUGUCAGCUAAAGAUGAACCAGCUUCAGGCAGUAAGGGCAGUAAUACAUCACAGUCACAGAAGAAAGGACAGCAGUCACAAUUUUUGCAAAGCCGUAACUUAAAAUGCAUAGCCUUAUGUGAAGUGAUAACCUCAUCCGAUCUGCACAAACAUGGAGAGAUAUGGGUAGUUCCCAAUACGGAUCAUGUGUGUACAAGAUUUUUCUUUGUUUAUGAAGAUGGUCAAGUGGGUGAUACAAGUAUAAAUACACAGGAACCAAGCAUUCAUAAAGAGAUUCUUCGAGUCAUUGGCAAUCAAACUGCUACCGGUUAA